AUGUCGUGGCUUUUCGGUUCUUCCAGUGAAAAGAGCGCUCCCGCUCCAGCCGAGACGAAGCCCCAGCAGCCUGCUCAAUCUGAAAAGCCCAAGCCCUGCUGCGUCUGCAAGACUGAGAAGACUGCCCGGGAUGACUGUAUGCUUUUCUCCAAAUCCGACGAUCCCGCCAAAGAAUGCCAGUCGACCAUCGAUCAGUACAAGAGCUGCAUGGCCGGCUUCGGCUUCAAGGUCUAA